UUACCUCAACUGUAUUGAUUCGAUCUGUUAUCUUUCAUUAUUUAUUAUUUUUAUUAUAGAUUUUUAGGUCUUGUAAGGAUUUAGGAAUAUAUCUACGUUAUCUAUAAAAUGUUUGCUUUGAGAAGAAGCGCAAAAACAGGAUUUCAAUUAUGGAGCAACCGAUCGAUCGCUAGCUUAUCGGCAUUGUCUGAAACCCACCAAAUGCUGCAGAAAACUUGCCGGGAUUUUGCUGAUAAUGAACUCAUUCCUAUAGCUGCUAAAAUUGACCGGGAGCAUCUCUAUCCAGCAGAACAAGUUAAAAAGAUGGGUGAACUCGGAUUAAUGGCAGUAUCUAUUGCCGAGCAGUAUGGUGGUACUGGGCUGGAUUAUGUUGCGUACGCAAUCGCUAUGGAAGAAGUUUCUCGUGGGUGUGCUUCCGCUGGAGUAAUAAUGUCUGUUAAUAAUUCUCUAUAUCUUGGGCCAAUCGAUCGUUAUGGUACCGAGCAACAAAAGCAGAACUAUAUAGCAGGAUACACCGACGGUAAGAAAGUUGGUUGUUUCGCUCUGUCUGAACCAGGAAACGGAUCAGAUGCAGGGGCAGCGUCAACGGUUGCCACCUUAAAAGGUGACCGUUGGAUUUUGAAUGGAACUAAAUGUUGGAUAACGAACGCUUACGAAGCAGAGAGUGCUGUUGUAUUUGCUACUACGGACAAAAAUUUAAAGCACAAAGGUAUCUCCGCAUUUAUUGUACCGAAAAACAUUAAGGGUUUCACGUUAGGUAAAAAAGAAGAUAAGCUUGGUAUUCGAGGGUCAUCAACAGCCCAGCUAAUCUUUGAAGAUUGUGAAAUCCCGAAAGAAAAUCUUCUCGGCGAGCCAGGUCUCGGUUUCAAGAUUGCCAUGCAAACACUAGAUGCAGGACGCAUAGGCAUCGCCAGUCAAGCUCUCGGAAUUGCUCAAGCAUCUUUGGAAUGUGCGGUUGACUAUGCCAAUAAAAGAAUUGCUUUUGGUAAACCCAUUUCAAAAUUGCAGGCAAUCCAAACUAAGAUUGCAGACAUGGCUGUUAGCCUAGAGUCAGCACGUUUGUUAACGUGGCGGUCAGCAUGGCUAAAGGACAACAAAAAACCCUUCACCAAAGAAGCAGCACAGGCUAAACUUGCAGCCUCCGAAGCUGCUACCUUUUGCGCCCAUCAGUGCAUUCAAAUUUUAGGUGGAAUGGGUUAUGUGUCAGACAUGCCAGCAGAACGGCAUUAUCGGGAUGCUCGAAUCACAGAAAUUUACGAGGGAACAUCUGAAAUCCAACGACUAGUUAUUGCCGGUCAAGUCAUCAAGGAGUUGUCUGGUUAAAACACUCAUGUCUUCAACCAACUUUUUUCUAUUAUAUGUUAAGUAACCGCUUGAUGAAUAUGAUACGUAGAAAGGAACAAUAAAGUUAAUAUAUUUUUCUAAUGA